CCGGCCGUGGAGCGGGUUGACCCGGUUGACGAUCACGUUGUUGUGAUGUUGUGAUUUGUGAUUGCUGUUCAUGCCGGCACACGUGUCGCUUAUGCGUGUCGAUCAACGUUCCGUAAUGACAACUGUGGAGGAAGUCACGAUGAAGCGUCCACAUUUUCGACUGAAGGUGGACCUGUCCAAGUUCUUCGACGAUGCGCGUCGAUUUUGCUGGGUAUUCGUCGACGGAACGAAGAUCCAGCAGGUUAUUCAUAUGAAGCAGCAUAUCAGCAAACUGUUCAACAUCGCGGAACCGUUUCACCUGUUGCUGAACGAUACCGAAUAUCUGCCUCCGAUCGAGGAUGUGCGUAUACUCAAGGAGAAUGAGACAAUCCUAGUAGUUCCUGGAUCGGGGAUAAGUGACAAAGCUCCUAAUGUAGAAACAAGCAAUGGUUCUAUAGGUGAAAUGCAGGUCCAGACGACAAAUAUUAAAACAGGAAUAACUGUACAGGAUAUGUCUAAUGACACCUCUAAUAAUACUCAACCAAGUCCCAUAAGUAAUAUCACGAGAGAUAUGACAUUCUACAGUGUAAUUAGUGACACAGCGGUCGAUCAUAGUGGAGCAGAUGAUACAGAUUCUAAGACCACAGAUAACAAUUUAACAGCGGAUUGUAGCAUGUUAGAUUCUAUUGUUGCAAAGAGGAAACGAGUACGAAAACGAAAGCCAAAAAAUCGAUCUCAGCUCGUUGUGACACCUCCUGAUACAACUGAGGAAAACUUACCAAGAGAACCAAAAUCAAAAAAACCAAAGAUAAUAGAUUCCUAUACGAUUCCGUCAGGAAAACAUAUACGGUUUGAUAAUAUGGAAAAUGAUGAACAUGACAUAGCGAAACAAAUAGUACAAGAAGUAUCUAAAAAUGAAUCCUUAAGCAAAGCAUCGUCUUCUAGAGAUCUUUCUACACUUUUAGCAUUAGGACAAACUUCGACGCCCAUGACAUUCGUAAACAAAAAAAUAAAAAACGGAGCUAAAACGGAAAGUAUGUUAAAUGACGAGAUAAAAAGCAAAAAUUUAAAUAAAGUUAUGGAGGAUAGCAUAGAAAAAAAUUUAUGUAGCAAGGAAUCUAAAAAAGAAGUACCAUGUUAUAAAAGCUUGUAUACUACAUUAGAGAGGAUCCCAGUCAUGACGAGAAAACCACAGAUUAAUGACAUUAUUGCAUUCAAAACUUUAAAGAUUGGCGCGGAUUACACGCCUCAGAUGUCUAAUUUUAUUAUUGCUGAAGUAGUAGGCUCUUGCGCACAGUCUGGAAAUUAUACUCUUCAGAUACUCUGUGGUAGACAUGAAGUCCAAGUGCCACUGGGAAAGUUCUCCGUCUCAGAUGAUGAGUCCAAAAGUCAUUCUGAUGAACAUACAUUUGUACUUAAUUAUUCACAGAUGAUAGAACUGCGUUUAAUUUCAUAAUUUCUUUCGUUUUAUACGUACUUGUUCCCGUAUUUUAAUUUCAUUCUGUUUAAGACGCAACUGUGUAUUUUAUGUUUAACUUGUUAAUUAAUUUACAUAAUUUUUUGUUUGAAUUGUAUUCGCGUUCAGUUUUAUAUCACUACAAUUCGUUGUUUUUUAAAAAAGUUUAAUAGUUUUGACACUUAGCUUGAUACGCGAUCUAAUUUCACAUUAAUAUUGAAUUUAUGAUACAAACCAUGUUUAGUUGAGCCAUACGCUAGUUUUAGAAAUAAAAAGUAAUUAAAUUAAUAUUACCGUGCGUGUGCGCGCAUUUAAUCA